AUGCCGAUCGCCGCGCAAUCCUCCCAGCUCUCGAGCACCGAGACCUUAUACCUUUCUGGUCUCUCAUUAGUUUGCGUUGCCGUUCUCAUACGAACAUUCGAGGGUGAAGGGGAACCUCUUGUAGCCUCUCUAGCCCUUAGUGGUAUCGCAUUCGCUGCUUCUUAUGCUAUGAUACGAUGGCUGGGUCCUACGUUCAUUAAAGCUGGAUUGAAAGGUCGUGAUCUCUCCAAGGUGAACAAUAGCAACUACAUACCGGAAUGUAUGGGUGGUAUAUGCGCUGUGGUCUACCUAUUGAUCAUUAUUGUCUUCAUACCAUUCCCGUUCUAUAAGGAUAUCGUGGUGGCCACUAGUGGUGGUGGUAACCGUGAUGUCGUGAAGAACGUCGAGUUUGUUCAACAGGGAAGGUUGCUUCACAAGUUUCCUCAUAGCAAGUUAGCCUCUUACCUUUCCGCCAUCAUCUCUCUCCAGUCUAUCACUCUUCUCGGAAUUGGCGACGACCUAUUCGAUAUCCGCUGGCGGCAUAAAUUCUUCAUCCCGGCUUUUGCCUCCAUCCCGCUUCUAGUCAUAUAUUUUAUUGACUUCGGCGUUACAUCGAUUGUACUUCCAACCUUUCUCCAACCUUAUAUCGGCCGCGAGUUAUUCGAUCUCGGAUUCCUUUACUAUGGAUACAUGUCAGCCUUUUCCAUAUUCAGUCCCAACAGCAUCAACAUUCUUGCUGGAAUCAAUGGGAUCGAGGUUAGCCAGAGUAUUGUCAUUGCGCUACUUCUUGCAUUCAACGAUGCGCUCUAUCUACUCACGCCAUACCCUCAUCCAGCUACGGACUCGCAUCUGUUCUCCCUCUACUUCCUCCUACCCUUCCUGGGUGUAAGUUUCGCGUUGCUGAUCCACAAUUGGUAUCCUGCCCGCGUCUUCUGUGGAGACACGUAUUGUUACUUCGCCGGCAUGGUAUUCGUGGUGGUUAGUAUCCUAGGCCAUUUUUCGAAGACUCUGAUUCUGCUGCUGGUCCCUCAGAUCUUCAAUUUUGUCUACAGCACACCCCAGCUAUUCGGGUUAAUCCCGUGCCCACGUCACCGCCUGCCACACUUUAACGCACGAACUGGCUUACUCGAGCCAAGUUUGACCAAGUGGGAAAAGGACAAGCAACCCCGUCCUAUCAUCGCAAAAGUCCUACGGCUAUUGUCGCAGCUCAGGUUAUUACGCCUCAAGGAGGAUGAACAGGGUCUAAUUGAGGAAACCAGCAACUUUACAAUUCUGAAUCUCUGGCUAGUCUGGAGAGGCCCGAUGCGUGAGGAUAGACUUGCCAAGGAGAUCACGGCCAUGCAGACAGUAUUAGGCUUGUUUGGCCUUUUCGUCAGACACAAACUUGCCCUCCUCAUCUUCAGGGAGGAUAAUCUAAAUAUUCGAAGCGCUGUUUAG